ACGAUAAGCAGACAGCGGAGGCGUGGUCUCUGACGUCGCUCGGGCUGAACCGUACUACAGCACUAGUCUGGCUGGAUGUCUGACUUCAGCCACGCAGGUUAUUUGGGAAAAUAUUUUAAACUCAUGCUUUAACUAAACAGACCAUAUAAUGCUAUCUUGUUCCUCCUGCAUUGGACUACGUGCAUCUUGUAUUUUGAGCGGUUUGGGGAAGUGCGACAGGAGACUAGUGCUAGCACUGCAGAAAAGACCAUCGUCCCGAAUCCAGGUCACUGUGUGCCCAAACUUGUGCUACCGUCCCUCAUCCGUCUGUUCAUCCCUCGCUUCAUGGGGCUGGUUUUGCAUUCUCUGACCCUGUUUUGUGUCUUGCCACAGACUGCUAGAAUCUGUUUCAAAUAAAUUUGUGCUUUUUAUGCAUGGACCAAAUCUGUAACUGCACAAUAACGGCCUCUGCCCAACACAUGGUAGCCUACUGUUGGAGUUUUAACCCUUGCAAGAAUGUCAGUGAGCUCUCAGGAUAUAACCCACGGACUUUACAAGUGAGUUUGCACUCAGGAUUUAAACCAAGGACUUAUAUCCAGGUCAAUUUAAAAACAAGCAUCAAACACAGUAAAGCCACGAAGCUUAUGUAAAGAAAAAAUCAUGAGCUCUGACAGUUUCCAGUACCGUGCACUGUUCGAGUACAAGCAGGAGCGGGGUGACGAUAUCUCCCUGCAGCCUGGAGAUCUUCUCACGGUCAGUAAGAUGGCACUGCUGACAUCCGAUUACCAGGAGGGUGAUGAGAAGUGCCCAAAGGGCUGGCUGCAUGGCACCAAUGAAUGCACUAAGGAGAAGGGCAACUUCCCCGGCACCUUUGUGGAGUAUGUUGGGGUCGUGAGGAUGGGCCUUACUUCAGGGAAGCCUUGGCCAAGACCUGUACCGCCAACACCUGUAGGGCCCCAGCCCCCAGGAGCCUCUGCUUCAGAAGGCCCCUGUGGAAAGGGAGAUAUGGAGCAGUGUGCUCUGCCUGACCAGUUCCCAGCUGUGGUGCUCAGGCUGACAGAGGCUCUUGAGAGACUGGACUGGGAGAAAGAAUCAUUGUACCGGUCCGGCCAGACCUCGACUGCAUCCCCAGGAUUAUUGCAGGCUUUGGAAACAGACCCAGCAGCAGUGGACUUUGAGCAAUAUGAAUUGUCCACAUUGGCUGGUACACUUAAGAGUUACAUUCAGGACUUGCCCUGCCUGCUCAUACCAGCUGUAGUGUACAGCGAGCUGGUCUACACUGCUCAAGAAACCCAAAGCAUAGAGGAGUGUGGACAGCAGCUGAAAAGAAUACUUGACUCUCCCAGUGUCCCUCAGGCAAACCACCAGCUCCUGGUUCAUCUGACCCGACACCUGAGUAAGGUGGCCAAAAGUGGGGGAGCAGCUCAGGCAAGCCCCAGGCUUCUGGCUCUGGCCUACAGCGAGGCCAUCUUUAAAAACAACCACUUCAGUGCGGAUGUAAACCCAGAACAUCAUGUGAAAAUUCUCGAGGCACUUAUCAUGGUUGGAGGCCUAAUGGAGAUACAAGCUGCUCCAGCUCUUCCUCCCAAGCCAACAAAACCCAUGACACCAGUAAAUGGCAAUGGUGUGAAAGAAGCCGCCAGCGGCUCAUUGCAAGAAGCAGAAUGGUACUGGGGAGACAUAUCAAGGGAAGAGGUGAAUGACAAACUGAGAGACAUGCCUGAUGGUACUUUCCUGGUACGGGACGCCUCCACCAAGAUGCAGGGAGAUUACACGCUAACACUAAGGAAAGGUGGAAACAAUAAGCUAAUAAAGAUCUAUCAUCGGGAUGGGAAGUACGGAUUCUCAGACCCGCUCACGUUCAGCUCAGUGGUGGAGCUCAUCAGUCACUACAGGCACGAGUCACUGGCCCAGUACAACACCAAACUGGAUGUAAAGCUCAUGUAUCCCGUCUCCCGCUACCAGCAGGAUCAGCUGGUGAAAGAGGACAAUAUUGAUGAAGUGGGGAGGAAACUCCAGGAAUAUCACAAUCAAUAUCAGGAGAAGAGUAAAGAAUAUGACCGACUCUAUGAGGAGCACACAAAAACCUCACAGGAGAUCCAGAUGAAACGUACUGCAAUAGAGGCCUUCAAUGAGACCAUUAACAUUUUUGAAGAACAGUGUCACACGCAGGAACGCUACAGUAAAGAAUACAUUGAGCGAUUCCGCAGAGAGGGCAAUGACAAAGAGAUUGAAAGGAUUAUGAUGAACUACGAGAAGCUCAAAUCCCGUCUUGGCGAGAUUCACGACAGUAAGACCCGGCUCGAACAGGACCUGAAAACGCAGGCUCUAGACAACAGGGAGACGGACAAGAAAAUGAACAGCUUGAAGCCAGAUCUUAUCCAGCUCCGAAAGAUUAGAGAUCAGUACCUUGUUUGGCUCAAUCAUAAAGGUGUUCGACAGAAACGAAUAAACGACUGGCUGGAGAUCAAAAACGAGAACGUGGAUGAAGCCUACUUCGUCAGUGAGGAGGAUGAGAACCUGCCACACUACGAUGAGAAGAGCUGGUUUGUGGGGGACCUUAACCGAACGCAGGCAGAGGACUUGCUAAACAGCAAACCCGAUGGAGCCUUCCUCAUCCGCGAGAGCAGCAAGAAGGGCUGUUAUGCCUGCUCUGUUGUUGUGGAUGGCGAGGUGAAGCACUGUGUCAUCUACAACACACCACGCGGCUAUGGUUUCGCAGAGCCCUACAACUUGUACAGCACUCUGAAAGACUUGGUCCUGCACUACCACCAGACCUCACUGGUCCAGCACAACGACGCGCUCAAUGUGCGGCUGGCGUACCCAGUGUAUGCACAGAUGCCCUCAGGCCCACGGAGAUGAAGACUCGCCCCCCAAUCUUAAACUCUCUAUACUCAUGGGAGGGGGGGAACAGUUUCUGAACAAAAAACAUACAACAACAACAAAAAAACACUUGCUGCAACACACACGUCAGCCACCUUGGAGUUAUAUAUUUUUACAAGAACAAUUUGGAGGGCAUUCUUUCUAAAGACUGCUUGAUUUGCACAAGGAAGAUCUAAAUGUUUGUGAAUGUGAAUGUGUGGAGAGAAAAAAAAAAAAAAGCAAGCAGGAAGCAGAAGAGACGAGUUUCAGGUGACCCGCGCUGCUACCUAAACUCCAGCUGGGACUUUUUACAUGCUCCAUUUUAGCUUAAGCUUUUUUUUUUUCCUGCCUCUAUUUUCUCACAUCUUUCUAAGGUGUUUUUUUUUUUUUUGUCUUUGCAAAAUUCUAAAAUAUAUGCAAAGCAGGAAAAUAUUUAGUUCGUUUGUAUGUCUCCAUCUCUGUUUGUGUGUUUCAAAAAGGCAAAAACUAUGUAGCAAAGAGACGACUGACACUUUCCAGAGUGAUCUCACAGUGACUGCUGCUGAACGAGGGGUUGUGGGAUGUUUGGGAGGGCACAAGUGAAAAUGUGUUGUCUUCUAAACAACAGCUUGGUUUAACUUAACCUUAGAGAGGUGUUUAUUUUUAUUUUUUUGUUAUUGGUUUCUUUUUGGCUGGAUCAAAAGUUUUUUGUCCUUUCCUAAGCCAUUAAGUUCGCUACAGUUCAGUGCAGAGACCAAAGUUGGCAUGGGGAGGAUUUUAUUUGUUCGUGUUUUUUUUUUUUUUUGUGAUCAAAUUGGCUUGUAGUAAUUGAGUGAAAUUAUACUUUAUACACCUUGUUUGCGAACUACAUAAAAUAGUUUGGAUCUGUGUCUUAUGAACCGAAGCUCCACUUUAUUUUAUUUUAUUUUUUUAUUUAAGAACCAAAAUCACACAGAAUCAGUUGACAUUAAGCACUUAGACCGCUGCACCAAAUUCGAAAAAACGAUUCGGGAUUUCACUAAUGUGACAUAUGAAGGAUUAAUAAGAUUUGUAUACCUGUCAAACACCUAUUCAAAAACGUUCUCCAGCAAGCAGGAGCAGUGUCAGAGCAGAUGUGCUUUAGUACGUGACUUGAAAAAAAUAAAUAAAAAAAGUGCAAUCCAGGUUUUGAUGAUAGCGAGGUGGUCUGUCCGAGAGGGAAACAAACUGAUCUCAGUGGCAUCAAAAAGUGAUAAUCACUAGAACCUUUUGAAGAAUUUCCUUUAAAAAGCCUCUUUAUUGCCUAGUGCUUCUCUUUUUAGCAGGUUGACUCGUUCUGUAUCAGAAAAGAGAAAAAACACUUUUCAAUGUUCGGCUGCCUGUUGGUUUUAAUUUCUCACAAUAAAACCUUGAUGUAAAGAUAUUCCAAGCUACUGUAUAUGCACACUGUUCACUGUCGGUACAUCAGUUAUAUCUUAUACUUAGUGUUUUUUGUUGGGCUUCUGGCAUGCAGGUGUCCAGUUGAGUAAGUUCACAUUUUUCUCUCACAGUUUCCCCCUUUUUACAAUUUGGUGGUAUGCUGGAAGAGCUACAACAGACUGUUACAGUUUUACAGGCCAUUAACCAGCACAGACCGCUCUCACCCACCACUGCAACUAACUCACUCAAUGCACAGCAUAGUGAAUUCAACUGAAAACUUAAUGACAUUAUUUGUCAAAAACUGUAAUAGCAGUUCUUGACUAUUUUAUGUUUUGGCGAAUUGGUGACGAAUUCGAACAAUUGUUCCUUUUUGUAUGAUCUACUUAUACAUCAUUUAGGUUUAGGUCCAACAAUUAGGUUUGGGUAGAACUUCCUUUUUUUUUUUUUGGUUAAAAAAAACCAGCAAAACAUAAAAAAUAAUUCAUUUUCUCAUGAGAUUGUGUUAUUUGUUUCUAAAGUGAUCUCUGUGUUAUUUGGGACCAAAAACUUAAGUUGAAGUCUUUGUUGGAUGGUUGAAUGGGUUAGUUUGGUAAUGAUGGGAACCAGACCGAGCGUUUAGUCAGAGCAGCAGAGAUGAACUUGUAACCUAGAGUUCUAAUGAAAACCACAUGGAGACAGGGCAACUGAUGAAGGUUUUUUUCCAUCCACUGUUCAUUUCAGUUGCUCUUUCGUUUUGCAGUUGCAAAUGACUGUGGUUUUUCUUGGGUGUUACUGGCAGACCUGCCCUCAAUCGCAAUUCAGAACAAGCUAGCCUCAGCAGAUCAGCUGCUUGAUUUUAGUUCUGUGUGUGCCACCGUUCACGAUUACGUCUUUGCAGCCUUGGUGUCGCCGUCUUUUCUGUGGAACGUUUUUGGCUACAUUUUGGCAUACAUGUUCAAUAGCAUAGGUCCAGCUUUAUUUUCGUUUUAUUCUAUCUUCUAAAUGGUUUGAGUUUCAGAAUUUUUAUUUUUUAUUUUAUUUUUUUGAAGCUGGGCCCCAGAUGGGCCCCCUGUCUAUUACUUGAACUCUUGCAUCACUCACCAUUGAAUGUCUUUAAUACAUGGAUGCAUUUAUUAAUACACAGGAAAUCCCUUUUAUGGCAUGAGUGGAUUGAGUAUAAAAGUGUCUGAACUUGUUUAUUCUUAAGACUGGAACUCAUCUUGUGUGUUUUGUUGAAAGUAAAUGGGCUUAUUUAUGUUCACAGAGCUCCAAAGUGAUUAUUGGAGUCCAGUAUAGUGCACAUCAUAUAUGAAGAGUUUUAGAGUCGCGUACUAGACUGGUCACAGAGUUAUUUUAUGUUAUUUUCAGGCCAUUCAGGCCAUGUUCGUACAUGAUACCGAUUGAAGAAUUGUUUAUAAAAAUAAAAUAAAAAAGGUUUGAAUUACUUUUUUGUUUUUCCUAGGCAUUGAGACCAAAGAUUUAAGUUUGGUUUGUUUUAUUUUCUUAAUUCUGUGUCUUAGGUUUUGGGUUGCUAUCGCUAGCCCCUCACUUGUCUGGCAAAAUGUCGUUAUUACUGUCUGUAUAUUGAAGGGUUCACUGUGGAUUGAUUGGUGGUCCAUUUUUGCCAUUUAAAAAAAAAAAACUGAUAACAAUUUGUUUACCUAAAUGAAAUGUAGUUUUGUUAAGCCUCAAAGUGAACAGUCUGUCCUAAAGCUAAAGUUCAUUUUUGCACUCACUUAUUUGUAAAAGCUAAAUGCUGUGUGUGUGUGUGUGUGUGUGUGUGUGUGUGUGUGUGCCAUCAAAAUUUUUAUCAAUUUGUCCAUUAGGUCACUAAACCACCUUUAAAGUUACCAAAAUCUAGUGUUUCUAUGCCUCUUUUCUUUACAGGAUAGUCUUGCAUUCAGCUGCAGUCAUUGUUGCUUUUUCUUUCUGUGUUGUAAAAUCCAUAUAAAGAAAACAUACAACCCUAUACCACACAGAAAUGUAUGGUCCGUUUAAGAAAAAUAUUGUGAUCGUCAUUCUCUGCAGGGCAAAAAAAGCAUUGGGGUUGUUGGCUUUCUUUGUUCCUAUACUCAAGAAAGCAUUAAAUAUUAUGUUUUUCUUUUUUCUUCUGGAAGUUUUCAGGGACAUAAAAAGCAUUGCAUUGGGAAUUCGUAUGAGAGACAUUUACUAGAGUGCUUUUUUUCUAUCUUUUUUUGUAUUGAAGUGGGAAUGGGGCAAGCUCACACAUUAUAACAAGCCGGCAGAAUCAACAGUGCAUUGCUUCAAAAGCUCAGAGGGUUUGGACAUGUACCAAAACAACCUUUCUUGACUCAUAUCCGCUUGAGUUUUCAGUUAGACUCUGUACAAAGCAGGAGUUAUGACUAGAAGAUCUGGCUAAGGUUAUUUCCAGACUGUUAACUAGCACUGGCUAUUGCCCCCUUGUGCAGUUCUGCAAAGUUUUAUUUGCAGUCAGGUUGGAAUAUUCUGUGAUUCUCAUUGGGAGUCUUUUGUGUUCUUACCACAGCUGUCCCACCAUGAUAUCCAGCACAUUUCUUAUAUAUAUAUAUUAAAAAUAUAGCUAACAAAGGUUUUUAAAAAAUGAAAAAGAAAAAAAAAAAACUCACUCUCCUUCCCACUUUGACAUACGUAAAACCCAGCAUGCUUCUUUGGUACUCUUGACUGUUGUUUUGUGUAAAAAAAAUAAUAAAGUGAAACAAAAAAAUAAUGAUGUGGAACAAAAACUGUCAAUUGUAUGUUUACGGUGUAGUCUUAUAUAAAUUUUAAUAUAGCUUAUGAUUAAAAAAAGUCUGCUUUUUCAGCUGAAAUAAGUUGGAGCCCUUUGUUGCGUUGACUAAAAGCAAAAUGAUGCUCACAAAAACUGAGAUAGAGGAGCUGAAGCAAUAGACAACAGUGUGUUCGGUACUGUUUGCACAACCUGUAACGUGUAGAUGCAUCUCACCUGAGACCAUUAAAUGUUUUCUUCACACUCACACCUUAUUGACCUAAUACUCACUUUUAUUCUGCAUAAAUCUAAAUGUUUCCUUAACACCAGCAGUUUUCAUCUCGGGUUUUUUAUAGACUCAGCUUGAGCAAUAAGCCACGGGCUCUCGAUGUCCAAAAAAAAAUAAUAAUACUGCAAUGAAAAUAAUCGUGUUGCUCCGGCUCCGGUCCAUUAAUGCUUCUAUAGCGAGUGUUUCAUGUCUUUUACAAGUUAUGGCACAAAAGGACAUGAAAUACUUCGCUCUGCAUGUAGAGAACAAGAAAUGUCAGAAAUCCUCUCUCUCAGUAUUUGAAUAUCAUUGUUGCUUCAGACUUAUCGGUAUGCUUCAGUUACGAUUUCCACCACAAAACAUUUUCUCGUAUCUGUUACGGUCGUUUGUAUUGGUUGUAAACGCUCCAUUUGUUAUGAGGUGAACUCAUGUAUAUGCUCAGUGGAACUCCACAAUAUUCAGUUCUCUUGCAGAAUAAAGAAAAUAUUUUGUUCAA